GCAGCUGCCUCGGUUGCCUCAAUGGAAGCUACACCACUGCUAGAGAGCUUCUGAUUCCAAUGUAUUUAUUUUCGAUUUAUCUUAUUUCGGAUUUGACAACGUUAAACGGAUCUGGUUUCAUUAUAGUUGUCGGAACUCUUCUGUCAUUGAAGAUCAAAUCGACUUCUUCGCGGGAAGGUUGUAUAACGUUGGCGGUUGAAAUAUUUGUUACGAAACGUGAAAAACAGGCAUGCCGAUCACCCUACGUAGUAGAAUGAAACGUAGAUUAUCAGACAGUGAAGGUGUCCAAGAUCAGAAGAGGAAGAAGAUUGGUCUCACUGCCAUAAAAACAGAACCAAAGCAGCCUUUAACUGCCUUACCUCUAAACAUACCUGUUGUGUCGACGGCCACAGAUAUGGAGAGGUUACAGCCCGCAAUCAAAAAGCUGGAAAUGUCAAAGUCUGCUAUUACAAAGCUGGAAAAGUCACAGCCUGCUAUUACAAAGCUGGAAAAGUCACAGAAGGAGGAGGAUUUGAGCAGUGAGGAUGACGAUGAUCCAGAUUUUGAAGAGGAACUGGAUUUUGAGACAAGACGACAGAGGAAUAUUCAGGACAAUGCUGAUAUUUUCUCAAGAUUAGGAUUUCAUGAGGCUAAAGUGGAACUGAAGAUAUCCUCAAAGACUUAUAAGCCAAAACCAGCAAGCAAAAGGAUGAAGAUUCCCAAACCUGCAUUGGCGCCAAGUAGGAGGAGUCAAAGGUUACAGCGGAUUGACCCUGAGGGUCAGCCCCUCCCAGCACUUCCUGUCGUAGAACCAGUGGUGUAUGAACAUGCCAGAAAGCCACCUGGACCAAUCAAUAUGGUGGACACUUUGUUUACUGGUAACCCAGUAGAGGAUCACGAGAACUUGUUGAUGAGUUUGGACAACGUGACGGUCAGCCUUGAUAGAGAGAACAACUCACCAUUGACCAGGUUUGUUAAAGAUUUACACAAACUUAGAUUGGAUGGAGAUAGGGUGUCCAAAGUAGUUCCAGACCGCAUCUUCUCUCUGUCAGUUCAUCCGUCUGAAAACCAGACCCUGGUCAUAGCGGGUGACAAAUGGGGAAAAUUAGGAUUCUGGGAUGUGGUGCAUGAGAAAUCCGAUUCAGAUGGUAUAGUAGUUUACCACCCACACUCCAGGCCUAUCAACGAAAUCCGAGUUUCCCCCUAUAAUCACCUCCAAGUAGUAUCCAGCAGCUACGAUGGAACGUCGCGAUGCUGCGACCUACAGAAGGCUGUGUUUGAUGAGAUUUAUGCCACAUGUGAAGACGACGAUAAUCUUCUGAAGAACUUUGACUUCCUGUCGGCUGAUACGAUUGUUUACUCCCAGCAGGACGGAACAGUAGCUGUGGUGGACAAAAGAAGCCCCGGAACUCAAGCAGAACAUGUGUAUGCACUUCAUCCAAAGUCGUUACGUACCGUCUCUGUUCAUCCAAUCAAAUCCCACCUUAUAGUGACGUCCAGCACUGAUUGUACGGCAAAACUAUGGGACCUGAGGAACCUUAAGGCUGGUGGCAAGUCCAAUAAGUGGCUGGAUUCAAUUGGACACAGUAAAAAUGUCUACAGUGCAUAUUUUUCUCCGGUCAGCGGGAAAUACAUACUGACCACAUCACUAGAUGGUACUCUGAACAUUGUGGAGUGUUCUGAAUCAGGGGGAUUAGGGAAAAGAAAAGUCAUCAGUCAAAGUGCAGGCCUGGGUCAACUUCAUCAACCCUAUAGAUGCAUUCAAAGUAAUGUGCCACACACGAGACACAACAAUCAUGUAGGGAGGUGGCUGACCCCAUUCCGAGCGGCCUGGCAUCCUGCACGUGAGGAUGUGUUUGUAGUGGGAAGCAUGGAAAGGCCCAGACAGAUCCAGGUGUUUGACUGUGAGGGUAAGGUUCUCCGUAACUUAACAGACCUGGACUACCUUGGGUCAGUCUGCUCCCUCAAUGCAUUCCACCCCACACGGAACAUUCUAGUGGGCGGGAACUCCAGUGGCAGAGUCCAUGUCUUCAUGCAACAAGUUUCAGCAUAGGGGAGGGACCAACAAGUUUCAGCAUAGGGGAGGGACCAACAACUUUUAACAGAGGAAAGGAACCGACAAGUUUCAGCAGAAAGGAGGGACCACCAAGUUUCGGCAGAGGGGAGGGAUUGCCAGUUUUUUUAUAUUUUAGAAGCCCAGGAUGGAAUAUAGAGAAGAUGUAUCAAAUGGAAAGGCGGAAAGUGGUUGUAAUUUAGGACGUUCGGUGUAAACCUGUACAAAUUAAAUUACUGCUACAGUUCACCAAUAUGUAUAGCCAUAUACGAAUUUAUUAACCACCCUAAGUAGUGUACUGACCACAGAACACUUGUACCGGUCUACUAAAUAACAUGAGACAUUCAGGAGAUUCACCAGGCAUCGUAGCGAUGAUUUGACGAGAAACAUUCACUAGGAAAUUCCUCCUCCAGAUCUUUAUUAAUAAAUAUAGGAAAGAGCCACAUUUCUUUUUAUUUUAUCACAGUUCAGAACAGGGAUGAACUGUAUUCAGUGUGUGUAAAUAUGAUUUCUGGACAGCAAUAAUGUGGAAAAUGGUUUUAAACCCAUGCGUUAGUUUCACCUCAGCCCAAUAAAUUCACAGAACAGCUGAUGUCAUACCCAGGGUUAACUUAAAAGAACAACUUUACUUCUUUUAAAAGCUGAUCAACACAUUGGCAAAACCUUUGUGAAUGAGCAUAUCAGCAACCAUGUAACAGAUUUCUGUAUUUUCCGGAUGAGUGACCAUGUGAAUAUAUGGAUAAUGUCCACUGCCAAAUGUAUGCUAUAAGUCAGGUUUUCAGUUCUGUACGGGUCAGGCAUGUUUUUUUUUAGAAUGUCAGUUUUGUAUUGACAGUGCAUGCACACUUCUUGCAUCAAUGUGUACAGUCUUUGUUUUGUUAAUGAGUGUUUUAAAAGAUUUAAAUAGCAGGAAUAAAUGAAGUGAAGGACUCAUUUGUAAUCUCACUGAUUCAUCAGAAUCAUGACUUCAUCAUAAACAGUAUUGGGUGUAAACAGUUUUGAUACUGUAACAGUGAAAAUAACUGACUGACAUGUAGUUUAAGUAAUUUUGUUGACAUCAGUUUAUAGAGAGAGAAUGUAAGAACUCGGAAGUUGUCAACAUAGUGUGUCAUUGUAACAAGUUCUCAUUUUACCAUUGAUUAUCCAUGGGUUUUUUAAAAAUCAAGUUGUGUCAACAUUAUAUAUUAUCAAAUUAUUGAUGUGUUCAAGUUUGUCAUAUUGUCUGUAUUCUGUGUUCAAACCACAUUGUGUUCAUUAUUGUUGAUACAGGAUUUAUUUUGUAGAGAUGGUAUGAUCUUUUUUAGACUUGGUUAUAUAUUGAAAUCAAGAUAUUUUCACAUGUAAAAUUCGUGAUUUUAUAUCAGAGCCCUCUUUAUCUAUUUUACCAGGAAUUUUUCUGUUUUAAUAAGCAUGUAAUACUAUUCGCAUAUAGUUUGUGUUGUAGAAUUUGAGUUGUUAGAAAAUUUGCAAAUUAAAAAUGAAAUGAG